UUCUUCGUCCGUCUACGUGACCAUUUUUUAGUCCGAUCCACUAAUAUUAAAACCUAGGUCUACAAGUGCCUUUAGCCGAUGGAAUCGGCGAAUCGCAUAGCAGAGGCUUCAUGAUAAUUUUCAAUACAAAUUCACCCUCGAUCACAAAUAGACUUAUAUUUGCAUGUACUCCGAUUGGUUCGAACAUGCGGUGCAUCAAUGAGCUUCCCAUUGAAAGGUAAUUUCCUCUUCGUAUUUACACAAUGUAUCUCCAUUUCUUCGAUUGAACUUUCAUAUUUGAGAUUUGAUUGGAAGAGUGAUGUUAAUUAGUAAAACCAUUAUUAUCGUACUUUUCUCCUUCCUUUUUACUUUUACCCCUACGUUAAAUAAGGUAUGAGAAUUAAAGAGAUUUAAUACGUGCACGUUUUAUUCGGUAAUAUUAAUGAAAAACAGUCAAAAAAUCGUUAAAAAAUGUGAAAAUCUGUAUAUGUGUAUAAUACGGCAUCAGUUACACAAAUUGGGACAAAAAAUACGGGGUAUUAUUUUUAGCAUUUAAAUGAUAUACAUGACAAAAUAACAUACUCCCUCCGUCCCACUUUAAGGUUCCCACAUGAUUUACGAUGUUUGACUGACCAUAAAGUUAACUGAUCCCUGUCAUUAAUAGAAUUAUUUUUAGUAAAUAAAAUUUACAUAUUCAGAAACUGCAUUAAAUCCGCUAGAAAGCCUGCAAAAAAUAAUUUAAAUUUCAUAAAUUUUCGAUAUAAAAAGUAAAAGAUUAAGAACAAUGCACGUUGACCGGAGAAUAGUGUAAGGGAACCUUUAAAUGAGACGGAGGGAGUACUUCGUAUAUAGUAAAAGAAAUAAAGGUAUAGGCUGUGUAGCAAAUCUCAUUAUUACAUAAAAGAAUAUGUAGUAAUUCGUAAUUGCAUUAGUAGAUGACAAAAAUAAAAAUAGUAAUUAAGUCCUAGACAUACUUUGCAAACUAAUGUCAACAAAUAAGACAUAAUAACAAUAGAAUGAGACUAAGUGAAAAUCAUUAUCUUUACAUGAUCGUCAAAUAACAUUCAAUUUAAAUUCAUCAUUUUCAUCAAAAUGACGGAUAACAAAUGAGAAAAGUUGUGUGACUGCUGGUGCGCUUAUUAUUGUUUAUGUGUGAAAGUUUCUACUAAAAAAUGACAGGUUUAGAAAAACUUUAAUGUUGACAUGUUUGUUUAGAAAAACAUGAGAAAUCAAGUAGUAUUUUAAAUCUUAGUCUUUUAGGAUGCUAGCUUUAGCCACUGUGCAAUUAAUUUUAGUAUUUAAUAAUUAUAUUUUAACUGUACAAAAACAUGGGGUCACACACAGGAGUUUCUUUUUUUCUUUUAAACUAUUGUUGAUCCGCCAUGCAUUUAAUGUUUACAUUCGAUUGAUCCAUUCAUGUUUUUAAUUUUUUUAAUAAAAUAUGAGAUGCUAGCUUUAGCCUCCAAGCAAUUAAUUUUUAUAUUUGAUAAUUUUCAUUAUUGCGUUUAAACUAUUGUUGAUCUUCUAUGCAUAUAACACGUUCAUUCAAUUAAUCAAUUCAUGUUUCUAUUUUUAGUACGUUACGGGGAAAAUAUGUUUUAUACGGGAAGUAAGAGUUUUUUUCCUUUGUUAACGGACCAACAUUAUUUUUCGUUUUAAACGUGUUUUUAUGUUCAACAAAACGGUACGUCAAUCAUUCAUCAUCAUCACUAUUACCCCCGUGUCGCAAAGGCUCCCACCUACGGUGGGGUAAGGGGGGUCGAAUGUACGCAGUCUUACCCCUGUACUAAAGCAUAGAGAGACUGUUUCCGAAUGUCCCAUAGUGAAAAUCGCGUCAAAAAUUGCAUAGACUGACUGACUGUUACUUCAUAACAAAGAAGAGCAGACAGUUUAGUGAGCCAUUUUGCUUUAUUCCAUCAUAUUCCCAAGCCAAAAAAUAGUGAGUCUUUGGUACAUCAAUCAUUGUUGUUCAAAAAUAUUUUUUAGGUGUACGCACUUUUACAUAUGUCCGUGUAGAUCUUUUUAUGUCUAUACACAGACAAAAAAAACCUACAAAAAUUUUUUUUAGUUUUGAGUUCCAAUUCCUAGCAUUUCCGGCAGGUUUAUUAAUUCGAAAACCAUGAAUUGUGUUUUAGGAAUUAAGCAAAAACCAAUGUACAUGCAACUUUUCUGGAUUGGACUCUUAAAUAGGGUUUAUUGCACCAAAUCCCAUGUGAUAUGGAAAUUCAGCGCAUUAGUCCUUAGUGAUUUGAAAAAUGCGUCAAAUCCCUUUGUGUUUUAAUUAAUCAUGCACAAAACCUCUUUUAUGAACAAAUUUAAUUGCCAAAUAAAAGAAAAAUUAUUGAUAUUUUUGUAUGAUUUAGAGAUUUUGACACAUUUACUUGCAUAUUCAAUCAAAAUAUUAAAAAAAUGAUUUCCAGAUCGUUAAAUUUAUUGAUAAUAGGGGUUUUGUGCAUGAUUAAUUAAAACAAAAGGAGAUUUGACGUAUUUUUCAAAUCACAGAGGGCUAAUGCGCCGAAUUUCGAUAUCACAUGGGGGUUUGGUGCAUUAAACCCCUCUUAAAUAUAACGAAAGUUUUCUAAAAUACUCCGUAUAAGAAGUCUGUAAUCAUCUUAUCUUAUUUUUUGGUCUUGAAAUCUCUUCUAGCUUUUGUUUUUUUAUAAAUUAUAAUUUCUAAGAUGCUUUGUUUUUCAGUGCGAUAAAUUCUACGGAGUACGUUUCACAAUGUUUUCUUUUGGACUGAAAUUUGCUGGUCUGAUCUGGUCAGGGUUAAGGUUAGGUGCAAGGGUACAGGUACGAGGUAUGGUUAGGUGCAUCAUCAACCGUCACUUGACCAACUUCCGCGAGUUAUACGCCGUCUCUCGGGAUUGAAUACCAGAUUCCUUCUAGGUUGCUUGAUGAGCGUAACUUCAACUACAGCAAGGUCUCUUGUCAUCUCCUCAGGGUUAUUAGGAACUUGUAUGUUUGCGGAUUCGCAAAUCAUUUCUUCUCCGAGUGUAUUCCAAUCGUUCUGCUUAAGAACAAGCUUUGGAUCCAAAGAAUAUGCAUUCUUGGCGUAGUGAUCUACAAUGCUUUCUCUUAUGGAGUUUAAAACGGACUGAUUCGGAUAUCAUUUGACAGAGGGUUAAUAUCGCCCGUUUUGUACUAGUCACCGUCGCAUUGAUCCGCACUCAAACUGAAUUUUGUGAGUUUGAUGACAGAAGUUUCAAAAGAAUCCCUGCCCAAUUUCAAUUUGAAUCUGGACCCUAAGGAUGUGUAGCUCCCGGGGAUUUGUAUGAGUUUUGAGCCUUCAAAGAGUUCUGCGUCCUUUUUUUCCUUAAGAAAGUAUAGAACCCCAUCCGAUGGCCUGAAACCCAGUAUAUAUAAGUCGUAUGUCCUGAACUACAGUUCCAAAGAACAUUGUUCCCAACUCGCCUCUGCCUUUAAAGUGACCCUAAAGUAGCUUAGAUCUUCUUUGUGGGGUAAAAUAGGUACAGAAACUCUCUUGCUCCCCAAAUACAGAAAUGCAUAUAUAAGAGGAGAAUUUUGAACUAUGAAACGUCGAAUAAACCUAUCAUAACUAUCCGGGAUAGAAUUGUGUAUAGAAAAUCGAAAAUUGGCAGGAAAAAGCUUAGGUUUAGGCGUUGAUCCACUACUUUCUCCCCUAAUAAGUUUUUUACGAGAGCUCAAUCUCUUACGGGGCUUUUCACGCGGUUGAGGAGGCUUUGGUGUGUUUGAACUCAUGGAGGAGCUUCUUCUUGCCAAUUUUCGAUUUUCUAUACACAAUUCUACCCCGAAUAGUUAUGAUAGAUUUAUUCGGCGUUUCAUAGUUCAAAAUUCUCCUCUUAUAUAUACAUUUCAGUAUUUGGGAAGCAAGAGAGUUUCUGUACCUGUUUACUUCACAAAGAAGAUCUAAGCUACUUUACAGUCACUUUAGAGGCAGAGGCGAGUUGGGGGCAGUGUUCUUUGGAACUGUUGUUCAGGACAUACGACUUAUAUAUAGUGGGUUUCAGGCCAUCGGAUGGGGUUCUAUACUUUCUUAAGGAAAAUAAGAAGGACGCAGAACUCUUUGAAGGCUCAAAACUCAUACACAUCCUCGAGAGCUACACAUCCUUAGGGUCCAGAUUCGAAUUGAAAUUGGGCAGGGAUUCUUUUGAAACUUCUGUCGUCAAACUCACAAAAUUCAGUUUGAGUGCGGAUUAAUGCGACGGUGACAGUACAAAACGGACGAUAUUAACUCUCUGUCAAAUAAUAUCUGAAUCAGUCCGUUUCAACUCCAUAAGAGAAAGCAUUGUAGAUCACUACGCCGAGCAUGCAUAUUCUUUGGAUCCAAAGCUUGUUCUUAAGCAGAACGAUUGGAAUACACUCAGUGAAGAAAUGAUUUGCGAAUCCGCAAACAUACAAGUUCCUAAUAACCCUGAGGAGAUGACAAGAGACCUUGUUGUAGUUGAAGUUGUGCUCAUCAAGCAACCUAAAAGGAAUCUGGUAUUCACUCCCGAGAGACGGCGUAUUAGGAUACUUGCGAAAGUUGGUUAAGUGACGGUUGAUGAUGCACCUUGCGUGUAUUUAUAGAAUCAAGAAGAGUAGAUUCAUCAAUGUCGCAAAAAGAAUCACCAUAGCAAAAGGGAUCGGACAUCACAUUCCAAAUCCAUGGAAGUGGAGAUCGAUGCCGGUUUUCUUGCAAUGUAUGCUGCCAAAGAUCUUCAGGAAUGACGUGCAAGCAUUUGAUCAUUGUCCAAGAGGUUCUUUUGGUUUCCCCGGGUGGCUUGAGUUGAGUCUUGUUUGUGGAUUAUUGAACGAGAUCAUGUUACUCAAGUACAGUUCAUCACAAGGAGACCAUAAAGUGGAGGAGUUUGUGGAUGACGUCCCACAAAACAGUUAGUGUGAAGAUCAAGGGACAAGAAGUGCUUUUGGUGGUCAGGAUCCAUGGAGGCUGCACCACUGAGAACAGUUUUCGGGUUUGUAAUUGUGUUUUAGGUGGUGGCAACAAGACUACACCUAGCAAUAAUAAAAACCGGGUGACUCUAAUAACCUUUUCUGGGCAGAUUCCUCCGUUCUGAUAUUCAGAACCUUAGCCUAGCCUUUCAUCGGAUGUGUUUUGGCACCAAAAGAGUGUUCAGAGUCGGUAAAGAGGGUGUCAGUUUGGUGAUGGUGUUUUUCUCUCUAACACGAGUGGACUUGCACAAACUGAAAAGGUACAAACUAUAAAAAUGUUUGUUCAUGCAUAUAAGCAGUAGCCACUAGAGGUUAUCUCAUACAAAUGCAGCAAUUCUUGACAGUUUAAUUUUUUUAAAAGGAUGUUAUUGUUUAGUGUCUGACAUGUACAUUGGUUCAAGCCUGUUUGUUAGUACAUCAGGCUAUUCAUGUUAGAAAUUUGUAGUGUACACAAUAAGCUAUGUUUGGUUUAGAUUUUUAAGUACACAUACAUAUAAUGAAAGCAUUUUUCUUUUAAAAUAUAUUUCUAUUUAUUUGCUCAGGAAUAAACAACGUAUAUCAUGCUUUGCCGGGUGUUCUCCCUUGUCAAAAACCCUAUAACCACCACCGUCAAAGGUUUAGUGUUGUUUCCUCAGCAAAGCUAGGGUUUGUGUCAACUCCCAAAGUUCAUCUAGGGUUUCUCUUUUGUUUUUGCUUGUAUUUUCAUUCAACAACCCACUGGUUUGGGAUUUUCUUUUGCGUAUUCAGGAAGUUGUCCCUCCCUCGAAAGGUGAAUCUGUCGGCUCAACAAGUAACAAACAUCUUAAUAACGGCAGAUGGGCCCUUGAUUGAGGAAUAUACUUUCUUCUACUUUUUCAUGUGCUUGUGCAUUCAGAGGCUAGUAAUCACUACCAGAAUAUGAUGCUUUUGCAGCCUGAUGAUUGCAGCCUCGAUCGCUGGACCAAAAGCCUUCGCAAAAAUCUUGUACUAGCUCUCAAGGGUGGCAUUACCUUUUUUGUGGUGGGGAUUUUUUUUUUCCAUAUGCUGAUAUGUUUAAAUGGAUUUCUUAUAGAACGGAUAUUAUUCCUCAUGGGUUUCUCUAGGCAGAAAGCAUCUUGGAUGUGAACAGUCAUACUUUGCACGGUUUCACUUUAGACAAUAACAUACAUUCGUGGUUUCAAUCAUUCGUGUCCAUUCAAGGGUGGUAUUGGAGUGGUUCAUUCGGCAAUGAUCAUUUUAUGCAUUGCUUCAAAAAAGCUCAUGUUUGACUGUAGCAUUAGUAAUUUAGCCCCAUGAGUUCCCCUAAUGUAGCAUUAGGGGCAGUUUUACUUUCUCCCCUAAUAAGUUUUUUACGAGAACUCAUGGGACUAAAUUACUAAUGCUACAGACCUACAGUCAAACUAGAGAGCUCAAUCUUUUACGGGGCUUUUCACGCGGUUGAGGAGGCUUUGGUGUGUUUGAACUCAUGGAGGAGCUUCUGCUGCGCACUGCAAUGGCCGUUGGGAGCUUUCUCGUGCGUGUGGGAAGGUACUACUUCCAUAUUAGGAGCUUCUCGUGCAAUUGCUAGAUUCUCGUGCAAUGACCAUUAGGAGCUUCUACUUCCAGAUUUUUUUUCUCCCUUCAAGGCACUCAAGCGUGGAUCAAAGGCCAAGGCACUCUAUUUACAUAAUACCCUUUCUUCUAUUGAAAUCUCAUUUUUAUCUACAAAUUCGAUUUGUGCAGAAAGAAAUCUUGAUUUGUCUUAGUGUCAUUACGGCCAGAUUUUUUCAUGUUAUCUUCAAAAUGAUUUGGAAAGCUCUAGUUUAAGGAUUUGAGUCACACAUCUCAUAAAAUUAAUUUUAGUUUUUAUUUUGUUUGUGCCAAU